AUGACGAACCUACCAGUUUGGCGACAGCUACCCGUGUCGUCGUCGACGGGCUUACCUAAUCUCUUGGUAUCAACCUCCUUCUCGACAACGUCAUACACGAUACACCUCACAGAUCUGGCAAACAUAUGGGUUGAGUCUUUGGACCGAAAGGCCAUCUACAAGCGGAGCCUCAACGAGUCCACCAGCAUAGACCCUACGGAUAGUGACAGCAACAUGCGUACUUUCCUGUCCAAAAUUAGAUCCGUCUUUGAACCUUCUCACCAAGAUCAUGCUAAAGCAUCCCUGUCAGUGUCGACGAUCCCCAGCAAGGAGGCCGGAGCGGGAGGGCUGACUCUGAGCAUCGUUUGCAAACUGGAAAACACAAAGCCUCUGGAAUGGCCGAUGUAUCUGCAGAAAUGUCCCCAAUCUCAACUUGCAUACGAACUUGUUGUCCCACUUGCACAAGCACACACGACCGGGCGAAGGCAGAUUGGUUCCCUCAAGGACAUCAUCAGACAGAAAGAUGCCAUCAUCACAAAGCUCCUCGACAAACUCGAGGCCACUGGAACUCGCCUGGAAAAUGUCUUUACGGUCUUGUCCGCAAAACAAAAGCCCACAAGAAAGAUGGCUGAAGACAAGGUCAAAGGACUGGCUCCCUUCCGGCCUGAAGACUGGAUGUCUCAGCUGGACGAACACCAAGAGGACAUGUCGAGUCUCUUACAGUAUGUCUUUGGUGCCGACGGUCUCGAGUACCACCAAAAUCCCGAUGUACACAACACCGCGUCUCUGGACGACUGGUGGAUCAAACUGCAAUCGCCGUCUAUCCCAAUCGUGGGUACAACGUCAAGCUCUCGCUUAAAUCAGUCGGGCAUGUCCUCGACCGACCCCAGGCAGCUGGAAUCCAAAGGUAGUGAAGCCAAGGAUGCCGAGGUCGCGGCCGAAGACGACGACGACGACUUCCAAGUACAAUCAACGCCACCGCAUCUCAUGUCCACUCGCAAACGUUUCGUCAAUCCCCUUCCCGCAGAGGAUGGUGACGGUACCACCAAGGACGGGGAUACUCCUCCGAUACCUGAUAGCGUACCGGUACCCCCACUGGAUAACAACGCCCGACCUUCUCGCCUGGGGACAAUAGGAAAGAGGCAUCAACCUAUGCCAACUCGUACAUCAUCCCCCCCUCAAGCUCUGGAGCUGGAGGACUCGGAAACAGAGACAGUGUCUGAUGAGGACGCUGCCGCCUCUCUAGCUGAGGAAUCAUCGCCGCCACAGCGCGCCGGAUCGAUGUCUGAUACGAAGGAUCCAAAGAAAGGUCUCGAUUUAAUUAGAGACAACGCUGGCGGGUCCAAGGCUCCAAGUUCCCCACGGAAAGGGGUUCUGGGCCGCAUUGGGGGAGAGUCGGCACGUUCCAAAUCACCCGAGCCGCCAAAAAGGACAGGACUUGGUCGCAUCGGCGGAGGUGCUCGUCCCGUCACGACGCCCGAGCCAACAGCUAUAGCUGCGGAAGAGCGAGGUCGAUCCCGAGUGAACACAACGCUCCACGAACAGCCCAGAGAAACCUCACGGGAUCGAGCGGAUAGGAAACGAGAUGAACUGCAGAAAGACUUGCAAAGAAAGGCCGCGGCAGGACCGGCGCGCAAAAAGCGAAAGUUCUAA